AGGCCACGCAACGAGAUGUUGAACGCGAACGUCGGCAACGAAUGGAGGCCGAAGCUCGGGUUCGCGAGGCUACGGCUGAAGCUGAAAGAGCACGUUCUAGGGUUCAUCAUCUCCAGAGAGAGUUGGCCAGGAUGGAGGAGACGUCACGGGGGUUGCUGCAGCACAAGCACAGGGCCGAGCAGCUGAAGCAAGAGAAAACUGCGCUCACACUCUCUUACGAGACACGCGUACACCAGUAUCAGGCACAGAUCUCGAAGCUGCAGCUGGAGAACGAGUCGAUGAGGGGUCAGCUGCGCGGUUUGGAGGCUGCAUGCGCUGGUGAGGUGCACGCUGCGUUGGUGGCACGUCUGGCGACCUUGGAAACGGAGCACGCCGCCUUGGCGCGAGACGCGGACGCUCAGCGUCGCCAGUACGAGCGGUGCCUGGACGACGUCGCCAACCAGGUGGUCCGCGCCCUUCUAUCCCAAAAGGGUCUCAGGGAAGAAAUCGGUGCGUUGCAGAGGCGCAUACGGGAGCUCGAAGCUCAAAAUCGAGCGCUCUCAGGAUUGUUGGCCCAGGCGGCGAAUCCUGGAAGUCCGACAGAAUUGAUUCAAGGGAUUCUCGAAGCUGGACCAGCGGCGGUGGUCGCUGCCCUUGGUCUGGAUCCAGCUUGGGUUCCCUUGUCAAGGCCACGCUCGCUCAAUUUGCAGAUACCAGUCAUGGCUGCUACGAAAUGUCGAAGAAACAGACCUCUGGCCCAGAAACCGUCAGAGGAGGAAGGUAGCGAGAGCCCGGAGAGCGGGAACAGAGACGAGGGUUAUUCAACGAUGUCCAGCGACGUGCAGGGUGAGGGUGCUCGACAGGAACCAUCCCGGGGAUUGGAGGAUCUGAAGGAGGCGACAGACGAGACGGAAGCAGACGUUUCGCCGGAUGCACGGCUGGUCGCCCUUGACGCCGGCGACCCGGACGUGCUGUUUUUGCCGUUGAAUCUCACCGUAGGAAUAAACCCGCGUCACAGUUAUCCCCCGACCAAAGACCUGCUGCCGUAUCAGCACGUGAUGCGUAGCUUCUCCGACAGUCACCUAUGCCUCAAGCUGACCACCACGACCAAUUUCACACCGUACAAGCUGCCAAGCCCCAUGGGAUCCUCUUCUUUGCUUCUAGUCGAGGAGGAAGGCUGGGACGCCGAGUACGUGCAACAGUGGCUCAGGUUGGACGACAGCAGGAGUGCUCAACAACAUCGAGACCUCCUCGAGUUGGAAUACGACAGAGCAGAAUUGGAAGAUUGGAGUUUCUCGUUGUCCACGGAGGACCUCGUUCAAAAUGAAUCCACGGUAUGGAAGGAGCCCGCUACUACCACCACCCCGGCUCUUCCAGCAAUCAAGGAACAUAAUCCUCUGGAAUUGGAGGAGGACGCGAACGAAUGCUUGUGGAAUGGUGCCAGUUACCUUGCUGAUAGAACAGGAGGCGAAUUGGUUGCCCUUCUAAUGGAUGCCAGAGCAACUGGAUCAUGGCCAUACGCUACGAGUCCAGGUGCCUCCUGGAGCAGCGAGGAGGGAGCGUUCGAAAAUUCGAGCAAACGAUCCUCGGCGGCAUUAUCCGGUUGCAGCGACGAUCCGGACUCCCCUUCAAUUGGCACGGAUUUCACCAGGGAUUUCUACAGGCUGGUAAAGUUCGAGAGUACGAAAAGCUUGGCAAGCACGUCGUCGAGAAGCGGCAGGCCUCCGCCGGAUAGGGAACAAGCCUUACAGAGCGUGUUGUCCUUUAUCGCCGAACAACAAAUGUAUUUGGCCGAAUUGCCAAACGGUCUGCUGGAACACAACAGUGCAACCCAUGCAACGGAAGUUCUAGAGGAAACCGAGCACAAAGAUGAGUCUGGAACCGAGGCGAUGUGCGCCGAAAUAGAAACAUCCGUCGAUCAAGAUAGCGGCAACAUCGAGAACGUUGCUGAAACGAGCAGUAACGACGAUUUGCUAGAUCAGAUACCUGUACCCUCUCUGGCGCCGGAGGAGAGAAUAAUCAGCGCGGUGGCUUGCAAUGGUGGUGUCUCUUAUACCACGGUCGCGCCGUCUGAAUUGGGUGCCGUUCCCGAGGAAGAUGAAGAAGCUGCUACUUCUUCCACACCAAGCACGGUUGUAAGUCCAGCGAGAGCACCGCUACUAGUCGAAGGCAGGGACAGAUCGCUGAGCUUCCACGAACGUGCCACGUCGAAGGACGUGAUAGACGAGCUGAAUCGAAUGAUCAGAAAGGGAGAGGAGAAUACCGUCACUCAGGAAACUCAGGUGCCGCUCGAAAAAUUGGAUCUCGCUUGCUGUUGUCCGACUGGAUGGGUUCACGUUGAACGGGACAUUGACUUUACCGACCCAAAAGCAAGAGCCAAUCUUUUAGACGUGAUGCUGGAAAGCAGUGAGAGUUCUUCGGCGACAUCGAGCAGCGGAUCAGCCGGAAGUGACUCGGGGGAUGAACCGCCUGAUUACCGUCACUUGCACAGACUACACCGAUACCGACGACAAAAGAAAGCAUCGGCGGCCCAGGCACACCGUGUGUUACGACUGCCGUCAACCUGGGGUUCAUCGAGGCCGUCGAUCAUCGGGCGAGGCGAGGAUUUCUUCGUGCGAUACGGAGACAAGGAGCGCGAAGCUGUGGCCUCUUUUGAUUUCCUCGACGAGAUCGUGGCACCCUCCACGGCAGGCUCGAACGCUAGUCUCAUCGAUUUGGAUGACACACCCUCUACAGAGCUUCGUAGCGACAUCAUGAAGCUUUCUCCUCUGUAGGACGAACUUUGACGCGAAAGUUUAUUAUAUCGUAAAAUUACAUGUCGACGCGAUGAGAACUCUCGCAAAGACAAGCGAACUAUUUUGUUUCGAACAGUAGACCACCGUGCAUGUUCCGUUGCACCAUGGUAAAUUUAAGUUGCCCCGGUCUUAAGUAUCAAAAGUUAAAUACACGUACGAAGCUAAAAUCUACGAGAAUAAAUUGUAUUAUAUCGUGGAGAGUACGUUGAUUUUUUUUAAUAACUCUUGUUACGUCGUGCGUACGCUUCUCUCUAUAUAUAUAUAUACAGCGAGUAAUUUGCAUAUAAUUUCGAUAGGAAAGUACAAGUUGAUUUUUUUUUGUACGGUGUUUUGCUAAAGGUCAGUAUAGUUUUAUCGUGACGGUAUCUAUUUAUUUUUGUUAAAUCGCUUUAAAAAGCUUCGACACGAAUUUUCGUUGAUGUAUUCGUUUUCUAUAGCAUAAAAUAUAGAGAAAAUUCGAAGAUAAUGAAAGCAAAUUUUUUUUUUUUUUUUUUUUUUUUUUUUACUUUGAAUCAUAUCUCCUUUUUUAAAUAAAUUAAAUAAUCCUGCACAAAAUAGAGUAUUAAACAAAGUAACGAAAAAAAUAUAGAUAAAAACAGGGAUUCUGAAGGUGUACAUCUUUCUUUGAUGUCUAAUUACUUAGUAUUUGUUAUUAUGUUCAUAAAUAUUGAAAUUUGUAAAUAGAAUAUUAAUUUUCUCAUAAAUAAGAAUGAUUAUUCAUUAUCUACUUACAUCUUGAAUAUCAUGUAUUAAGAUUUUUAUAAAUCUUUAAAUAUGAAUAUAAAUUAUUAUUGAGAAAUUUGCAAGGUGAAAAAUAUUGUUUAAUUUUCUGAAAACUUAGAAAUAUAAUUUCAAGAAUUAUUGGUCAUUUUCUAUUUAAAAACUUUCUUUGAACAAAACGUUAAUGGAUGAAUGUCCUUUCAAGAAUACUUUUUUUUAUCAUUUAAAUUUAUGUACAUAAAAGAUCAUAAAACAAUUUAUCUUUACUUGAAGUAUGCUCUUGCUCACAAGAUGGAAGUAGAUAUCUCAGUUAUUACAUAUACAUAAAAACUAAAGUUAACAUUGUGCAAGAGGUGGUCUAUAUAUAUAUAAAACAUACUAUUAGCGUAAUAUGUACAUUAUCAUGACAAAAAUAUCAUAGACUGGAACUAUGAUUAUACUUCACUGUACACCUGAAUAUUUCAAACAGUACUUCCAUUAACGAUCUUGUUUAUCAAGAUCAUAAGACACCGGGUGAUCUUAAUGAAAUCUACUUCUUACGCACAUAAAAUUUAAUUUACAAUUUUAACAUACGUUUCAUAAAAAAUUUUAAAGAUAUAGAGAUCGAGAUAUAACAAACCGCGAUUGAAGCGAUUGAUCUUUAAUAUAUUUAGAUAGAGUAACUGUUUCUACAUUUUUCAAACGGAAAAAUAACGCGAUGUCGCGCAUCAUCUUCCGAAAUUGAGCUUAGAAAAAUUUAGAUUAAGAGUACCGAACGAUUUUGUAUGAAUAUGAAUUUGUACUCUUUCUCGUCGAUCAUCGAUAGACGUUGAGGACAUACUACAUGGUACCCCGUUGUUAACAUGAAACACAUGUUACAUGUACGCUACAAGCGCGUAUAACUUUUUGUUCCGUCUUCAAUGCAAAUAUGAAUGUAUUACUUAUGAACUGUAAAAUAAAAUAGAGAAAAUUGAAAUUCAAACAGAUAUAUUUAACAUGUGCUUGGCGCAUGAAUCAUCGACCAUAGAAAUAACAUAAAUAAAAAAAACUCAGAACAGAGAAAUAGUAACGCUAUGAUCAAGACGCCGUACCAAGUUAGAUAAUUUCGUCAUAAUUUGUACAAGAUUCACACUACUUCAAGAACACGUAACGGUUGAGAUAAACGGUUAAUUUGUGUUUGGUCAAAUUAUUAGGAAUAAUAUAGUCCAUGUAAUGUUUAAGAUAUCAAGUCGAUAGAAAUUGAAAUAUUUUACAUGUAGAAAUAUAUUAUAUAUAUAUUUACGAUGAAUAUAUAUAUAUAUAACACGAUGAAUAUUUUCAAUAUUUGAAAUGGAGACUGUACGAAUAUAAAGUUGUAUUUUUCAUUAAUCCAUUUUUACACAGAAUUUGUUAUUGCCAUAUUAUAUUUGAGAUGAGAUUAGAGUAUUCACCUUUUAUAUGUUAAAAGAAAUAAAAAAAAAAAAGCUAUACAUAUUAUAUUGGACUUCAGUACGUUAUUAUUAUUUAAAUUUAAUGAUUCUAGAAUUUUAUUGCGUCAUUAAUUAUAAUAUUUAAUAACUACAACGAAGAAGUUCCAAACGAAAGCAACUUUUAUUCUACAGUCUCAGAGUAAUCCUUUAAUGAUAGUUAUAAGAUACGUGUAAGAUGCAUUAUAUCGAAAAUGCGAUCAUUAAAGCACUGAUCCUCUAUCCCAAUUGAAAGAAAAAAAUCCAUUGAUAAAUAUAAAACUUGUGAUUGGGACAUUGUAAAUAGUAUGUAUUAUAGCACAACAGAUGUAAGUUAUCCUCUCUUGAACUUAAUAAAUAACGACAAUAUAAUGAAUGUAAAGGCGCAUAUUCGAUGUUCAAUCUACAAAACCGUUCCUAUAAAAAUAUUAUUGAUAUAAAUACCACUAUAUAUCAGUCCACUUGAUCACAUUGUCCAUUAAGAUAAACAAAUAUUUCAAUAAAUAAUAAAAAUAAUUUAAUUAUGUGAAUGUUUCAUUUACAUGUAAAUAACUAUAAUAAUUAAACAGUAAUGCAAAAAUUAAAAUAUGAUAACAUCAAGUUUCAUAAAAAGUAAGAGUAAUUUCGCUUGGACAGACAAAAAAAGUAUGUUAAUAAUCUCAGAAGCUUGGGUACAAUAAAUUUUAUUACAAGGAAAAUAUAUAUUUCGAUAUAUUCCUUUAGAAAGUAUAAUGAAUGUGUGCUGUACAAAUAAUAAUAUAAACUGUAUUUUGUAAAAGCAUCUGAAAGCAGUGUGUAACACUUAUUUUAAAAUAUUAUUAUAAAAAUACUUCCUCAUGAUAUUCGAUUUAUUAUAGCAGAACUACAUAAUGCAUUGCGAUAUUUAACUUUUUAUUUUAUCAAAAUAUAACUUUAAUUUUGUAUUAUAAAAAAUAACUUAAUAUUCUGGUGCAUCAAUAAUAACUUUUUUUAAUUAUGUG